CGGACUCCGAAAUCUCUCAAUUACAGUUAAACUGUCAGAUUUCUAUGUCCAACCCGUCUCUUUCUUCUUUCUCCAUGCGGCAAUAUUCUUCCCUCCUUUUAAAACAUUCAUUCCUCUAACUCUGCCCUCCAUAUCUCCUUCUUCCCGCUCGCCGCCGGUGAGAUCACGUCUCUCGAUUUCUCGCCGUCGCCGGAACAAUGGACGGAGGAGCACCGCAGUACAACCCUCGGACGGUGGAGGAAGUCUUCCAUGACUAUAAAGCCCGGCGCGCCGCCCUUAUUAAGGCGCUCACGACUGAUGUGGAGGAAUUCUUCCAGCAGUGCGACCCGGAGAAGGAAAACUUGUGCCUCUAUGGGCAUCCAAAUGAACAAUGGGAAGUUAAUUUGCCUGCAGAGGAGGUUCCACCUGAGAUUCCUGAACCUGCUCUGGGCAUUAACUUUGCUAGGGAUGGAAUGCAAAAUAAAGAUUGGUUAGCAUUGGUGGCUGUCCAUAGUGAUGCAUGGUUACUUUCUGUGGCCUUUUAUUUUGGUGCUAGAUUUGGCUUUGAUGAAGUUGGCAGGAAGCGCCUAUUUAGCAGGAUAAACGAUCUGCCGACAGUUUAUGAAGUUAUGAAUGGGAAAAACAGAGCGGGGGCUGCAAACAACCACCAAAACUCCAAAUCAAAAUCGAAUUCCAAAGUGAAAUCUUCAGAGUUUCAGCCCAAGUACCCAAAUGAAGAUCAUACCAAGAAAGAGGAAGGUUUAGCUGAAGAUGAGCAUGUUGAAACCUUAUGUGGAGCAUGUGGAGAGGACUAUGCCGCAGAUGCUGAUGAAUUUUGGAUAUGCUGUGAUGUCUGUGAGAGGUGGUUCCAUGGUAAGUGUGUCAAGAUCACGCCGGCAAGGGCCGAACACAUUAAACAAUACAAAUGUCCCUCUUGCAGCAGGAACAAGCGAGCUCAGCCCUCCUGAUGCUGAAAUUUCACAAAUGUGAUAAAAACUGUAGGCAUAUUUUAGGCAUAAGAAUGCUUUAUAUCUAAUUUGUAUCACCUUUUUCAUACUUUGAAAGGGAAAUUAC